GGCGUGACGUUAUCGCGUGCGACGCGGGAGUGGGAGUGGGGACCUGUGGGGCCUGGGUACCGGGAAGCCCGGGGGUGGAGGGCUGCCUGUUACCAUGUUCGGCUCCAGCCGGGGCGGCGUGCGCGGCGGGCAGGACCAGUUCAGCUGGGAGGAUGUGAAGACUGACAAGCAGAGGGAGAACUACCUGGGCAACUCGCUGAUGGCCCCGGUGGGCCGCUGGCAGAAGGGCCGUGACCUCACCUGGUACGCCAAGGGCCGGACGCAUAGCGCGGGGCUGAGUCGGGAGCAGGAACUGGCGGCUGUGAGGCAGGCGGAGCAGGAGGCGCUCAUGGCAGCGCUAGGCUACAAGAACGUAAGGAAGCAGCCCACCGGCCUGAGCAAGGAGGACUUUGUCGAAGUCUGUAAGCGGGAAGGAGGUGACCCCGAGAAGGGAGUGGACCGGCUCCUGGGCCUGGGGAGCUCCAGUGGCUCUGCAGGGCGAGUGGCGCUAUCCCGGGAAGACAAAGAGGCCGCUAAGCUGGGGCUUUCGGUGUUUACGCACCACCGCGUGGAGAGCAGUCGGGCAGGGACCUCCCCGGCCAAGAAGAAGCCUCGCUCAGAGGAGAAGGUGGAGCCGGGCCCUGAAAGCCACAGGAAGAGCAGGAAAGAGAAGAAAAAGAAGAAGAGGCACAAGAAAGAGAAAAGGAGGAAAGAAAAGGAGCAUGGGAGAGGAAUGGAUUCCUCACUGCCCUCUGCUCCCAUCCAGCAUGACUCAGACUCCUCAACUUGCUGCAAGAGGAAGCGCAGGCAUGACAGCGACUGAGGCCUGGGGAUCUGGAGAGCUGGACUGUGGGGGUCACUCCAGGCCCCCAGAAAGGUUUAGUUGUGGCCAAGUAUGGCUACUUCUAUUUUUCUUUGUACUGACUCACUCUUUGUACUUAAAUAAACUUUAUUUUAAGUGGAAAGUAUCAU